AUGGUCAAGGAAACGAAGUUCUAUGACCUCUUGGGCGUUGCCCCCGGGUGUAGUGAGGCUCAGCUGAAGACUGCCUACAAGAAGGGUGCUCUCCGGUACCACCCUGACAAGAAUGCCGACAACCCCGAGGCUGCAGAGAAGUUCAAGGAACUGUCGGCCGCUUACGAGUGUCUCUCCGACCCCGAGAAGCGUCAACUGUACGACCAGCUUGGUGAGGAGGGUCUGGAGCACGGUGGUGCCGGCGGUGGCAUGAACGCCGAGGACCUGUUCUCGCAAUUCUUCGGCGGCGGCGGCGGCGGUCCCUUCGGUGGAAUGUUCGGUGGUGGUGGUAUGCGCGACCCCGGUCCCAAGAAGGCCCGCACAAUCCACCACGUGCACAAGGUCAACCUGGAGGACAUCUACAAGGGCAAGGUAUCCAAGCUUGCUCUCCAGAAGUCCGUCAUCUGUGGUGGCUGUGAUGGCCGCGGCGGUAAGGAGGGUGCCGUCAAGGAGUGCACAGGCUGCAACGGUAGCGGUAUGAAGACCAUGAUGCGCCAGAUGGGUCCCAUGAUCCAGCGCUUCCAGACCGUCUGCCCUGACUGUAACGGUGAGGGUGAGAUCGUCAAGGACAAGGACCGCUGCAAGAAGUGCAAUGGCAAGAAGACCGUUGUUGAGCGCAAGGUGCUCCACGUCCACGUCGACAAGGGUGUGCGCGAUGGCCACAAGAUCGAGUUCCGCGGUGAGGGUGACCAGAUGCCCGGUGUCAUGCCUGGUGAUGUCGUCUUCGAGAUUGAGCAGAAGCCCCACCCCCGCUUCCAGCGCAAGAAUGACGACCUGUUCUACCAGGCUGAGAUUGAUCUGCUUACCGCUCUUGCUGGCGGUGCCAUCCACAUCGAGCACCUCGAUGACCGGUGGAUGACCGUGAACAUUGCCCCUGGUGAAGUUAUCACUCCUGAUGCCAUCAAGGUCAUCCCCGGCCAGGGUAUGCCCUCGUUCCGCCACCACGACCACGGCAACCUGUACAUCAAGUUCGAUGUCAAGUUCCCCCAGAAGGACCAGCUCCAGAACCUGGACCUCCUGGAGAAGGUCCUCCCCCCUCGUCUCCAGCAGACCCAACCGCCAGCUGACGCCAUGGUCGAGGACUUUGAGCUGGAGAGUAUCGAGAGCAGCGAAGGCGAGAAGGCCCGCGCCCACGGUGCCGCCGGCGCCGGCAUGGAGGAUGAGGAUGACGACGUGCCCGGCGGUGCCGAGCGUGUGCAGUGCGCUUCGCAGUAA